CAGGGCCACGUUGCUUUGUGGAGCCGGAGACAGUACGCCUCAGACAUGGCUGCCGUGGACUCCCGGCGAAUGGGGAAUGGCGAUGGUGUCGGGGGCGCUUUCCAACCCUAUAUAGACUCCUUGAAACAGGAGCUGCAGCAGAGGGACCCGACGUUGCUGUCAGUCGUGGUGGCGCUUCUUGUGGUGUUCCUGACGCUGGUGUUCUGGAAGUUCAUUCGGAGCAGAAGGAGCAGUCAAAGAGCUGUGCUACUUGUUGGCCUUUGUAACUCCGGAAAAACACUGCUUUUUGUCAGAUUGUUAACAGGCCUUUACAGAGACACUCAGACGUCCAUUACAGACAGCUCUGCUGCAUACAAAGUCAACAAUAACAGGGGCACUAACCUGACCUUGAUUGACCUCCCUGGCCAUGAGAGCUUGAGACUUCAAUUCUUAGAGCGGUUUAAGGCAUCAGCCAGGGCUGUGGUGUUUGUUGUGGAUAGUGCAGCAUUCCAGCGGGAGGUGAAAGAUGUGGCUGAGUUCCUCUAUCAAGUCCUCAUUGACAGCAUGAGUUUGAAGAACACACCGUCAUUCUUAAUUGCCUGCAAUAAGCAAGAUAUUACAAUGGCAAAAUCAGCAAAGUUAAUUCAGCAGCAACUUGAGAAAGAGCUCAACACUUUACGAGUUACCCGUUCUGCUGCCCCCAGCACACUGGACAAUUCCAGCACUGCUCCUGCUCAACUGGGAAAGAAAGGCAAAGAAUUUGAGUUUUCACAGUUGCCCCUCAAGGUGGAGUUCCUGGAGUGUAGCGCCAAGGGCGGGAGAGGGGAUGCCGGCUCUGCUGACAUCCAGGACUUGGAGAAAUGGCUGGCUAGCGUCGCCUGAGGGGCAGGGCAGAGGCUUGAGACACCAUGUGGAUCUGUGUGACUGACAGCUUGGGGAUAUUUUACAUAUAUAAAGGCACAUGUACUGCAGCCUGGAGCUGGGGAAGAAGUGGUUAAAAUGUUACAAGCAUUUCUUUUUUCUAGAAACAAAUUACUUUUGAAACCAACUUGGGAUUUUUCUUUUUAUUCGGUUCCCCCUUUUAAGCCUGAGUCACUCUGGACUCGUGUCUCUUCCUUUUGUUAAAGUGUAGUGUCCCUUUAGCAUACACAGAGUCAAGGUCAGUGUGAUGACAGACACCCCAUGUAGAAAGGAUGUCAUCAUGAGAACAUGCCUGUCGUCUGGAAAGUGUUCUUAGCCUCUUCUGCUGUAUUGGUCCUCUUUGCCCAGAAACAAACCCGAUGGGCGAGGAACCAGUUGCUUUCUAGUGGUGCUGAUGUUCACGGGCACCUCUGAGUGCUCAGAUUUGUAGGUUCAGUUAGAAUACAGCCUCCUGGUGUCAUGAAAGGCACAAACAGCAGAGCCCAGCUAACAGUUCUUCGUCAGCUCAGAGACUUGCCCAUACUGUUGCCUCUUGGUACUUAAGAGAUCAAAACUAGAGCAUGAACCCUGGAGUCAUGCCCAGGCAGCAGGGUCUAGUGUGCUUCCGUGGUCACCCUAACUGGGAAGUAUGUGGAGACUUAUUCUGUUUUUCUGUGUUUCUGGGUGGCUUAGGACUCAGGAUAUCUUUAUGUGCUAUUUGUUCAGCUUCGGUUUUGUAUCCUUACCUAGAACACCGUGGAACAAUUAUAAAAUGAAGAAAAUCCUCAUUGGAUUUUUAAAGUGCAUUCUGUGAUGGUUUAUUUAAAUGUCUCCCUUUUUGAAGUGGGAUUCAGUGCUGUCUUCCUAAACGUGUGGCUUUUUAAAGUCAUUAAUAUAAUAAAACUGUCUAACCAU